GGUCAGAGUCCAGCUGUAAUUACACGAACACUUUGAGGAAGUCUGUUUCCCACCGAGCCACCAGUCUCUGAGAACCUCGUCUGACCAGACAUGAUGUUCGGCCGCCUGCUGCUUGCCUGUGUGUGUUUAACCCCGGCGGAUCCAGUUCAGGAUACCUACAGACUUGUUCAGGUUCCAGAAGAAGCACAUUUUGCAGAGACGUUUGACUCAGAUCCUCUAGAUAGGAGAUGGGUCCAAUCCAAGGCUGUGAAAGAGACAGAUGCUGAGGCUCUCAAAUACGAUGGCCAAUGGGUGGUGGAAGAGCCAGCGGCUGCAAUGUAUCCUGGGAACAGAGCACUGGUGAUGAAGUCAUCAGGACAACACCAUGCCAUCGCUGCCUACCUACACACACCCUUCAACUUCAUACACACACCUCUCUGCCUGCAGUAUGAGGUUCGGUUCGGGAGAGAUGUAGAGUGCAGUGGAGCCUACAUCAAACUGCUGACUAAGACCCAUCUGCUACGACUGAGCCAGUUCAGUGAGUCCACUCCGUACUCUGUGAUGUUUGGUCCUGAUAAGUGCGGCACCAGCCACCGCCUCCAUCUCAUCAUCAGGGUAACGGACUCUAGCAACGGCCGUAACCAAGAGAUACACGCCCCCCAACCCGUCGAUGACCUGACGGUGUACUUCACCGACCGACAACCACACCUCUAUACACUACAAUUGUAUCAAGACAGCAGGUAUGAGAUUUUCAUUGACCAAUCGCUGAUCAGUCAAGGCCGCCUGCUGACAGACGAAGUCCAGUACACAGAAUCCCCUGAGUCCCCGGUGUCUGGAUUAUGGGUGGGGUCAGUCGCGGCGCUGGGUCUGGAACUGUGGUCAUUAUCGGGGGAAGUUAUGUUUGACAAUUUCCUGUUGACUGAUGACCUGAAGCUGGCUGAGAGAUGGACACAGGACACCUGGGGACAGAAACAACCCGGCCUGUUGGAGCGACUCCUGAUAGCAACUAACUCUCAUCCCUGGCUCUGGGGUGUCUACAUCUUCACGGUGGGAUUACCCAUCACCCUCUUCAUCAGCUACAUGUGGCCGGACAAGUACUAUGUUUGUCAGAGAUUCGGGCCCCCUGACCAGGACUACUACUAUAAGAAGUCUGAUGAACCUCAGCCAGAGAGAGACCAGCCAGACAGACCAACCAGCCUCUCAGACUAUGAUGUGCUGUAUGUGUGUGUAGGUGCGAUGAGCAGAGAGGGGGCCAGGAGGAGAGAAACUCAGAAGGUUCAGAGGAAGUCAGACCUGGAGGUUGAGAAUGAGUGACAAUCCCUGGCCAGCCUGAGGACUAACCAACCCUAACCAGCCUGAGGACUAACUAGAGCUGUGGCGGUCACGAAAUUUCGUCAGCCAGUGAUUGUCAAGCAAAUAACUGUCGGUCUCACGGUUAUUGCCGCUGACACAGACCUUUGGAACGUCUACAUUUUAAAAUGUCUAAUAAAUCCAUAUAAUAUAGCCUACACCACAAUAAAUCCAUUAUUUAUUUUAGACAGG